AAGUCUUUAUUAGUGAGCAUGAGACCAAAAGUGUUAAGGACCUCCAAGAUGCUUAUAAUAAGUUAUAUAAGGAGUGUCUCAAACAAGGUGAGAAGUUGCUUUCAGUGAGCACUAGACUCAAAAAGAGUGAAGAUGAAAAAAAAGCACUUCAUGUGGACUUAGUUAAAUCUAAGGCUCAUAUUGUUGGGCUUAAGGAGGAGAAGCAGUCCCUUUAUGAAAAGGUGAGCUACCUUGAUAGAGAGUAUAAUGGGCUUUUAGAGUCUAAGAAAAGUCUUGAAUUUAAACUCAUCAAACUUAGUAGAGACCUACAUGAAUCACAAGAGCUCUUGAAAAGACUUUCCCAAAGUACCGUAAAGCUUGACAAAUUGUUGGUUAUAGGGAAAAGUGUAGGUGACAAAAGUGGAACUAUGCGGUGGGGAUGUCCAAGUGAAGCUACACUAGAUGUCAAAGAGGGACUUUCCAUAGGGAGACAGACAAGGAAAGAAGCAUCUAAAUAUGGUAUUGGUUAA